AUGGGAUGGGAGGAAGAGCUAGACAGCUAUAUCUUACUCGUACGUAGUGUCUUGGAGUUCUUCAAACACAACAGGCCACAGCUUCUAGCCCUCUGCGAGAAGAUGGUGCACUCGGGACAAGAGGCGCUUUCGAAGGGGCCGAAGCGCACCGCCUCGGGCAAGGAGAACCUCACUGCGCUACGCGCCGAGAGCCCCGGGAGAUUGGCGCAGGGCCGCGUUGGGACUGCGCGGUGCAGCUCCCGCCAGCCCGGGAGAAGUGAUCGAGUGAAUACGGCCACGACGAAGGCGCCGGCCACGGCCGACUCGCGCGGCAACCUCUCCCUUGGCUGCUGCUCCCCGCCGUGGUCCCUGGAAGCCUACAGAGUUACAUACUUCAGAUUGCAGAGCCAUAGCGAUAGGCUGGCGUUGAAGAUGGGCAGUUUCACGGACGAAGAUGAAUUGAGUCUGCGUCCAUUGGGCGUGCGACGCGCCCCGGGAGUGUGGCUCUUCAUGGAUCCAGAUCCACUGGACAAAGCCGGCUUCCAGCGGCUUCCAGCGGCUGGACGCGCAGACUUCAGCGAGGCCGCGAUCCCCCUUACCGACCAGUGCGCCAGCUGCUGGCCGAUGAAGAUUGUCCGGGAUGCCUGCGGUUUUCGCUGUACCGUCUUUCAACGAGCGCUCAGAUCCCUCCUGCGUCAGCAGCACCGGCGUGACAGUGCUCGAUGCCAGCCUCAAUCAAGGAGCAGGCGUGAGUUUGCUGGCAUCCUGAGCCUCGAAUGA